GGGGUCCUAGGACCCCACUCCCUUCCACCUCCCUCCGCCACUGGGUCAAACACGUUGACUAACAAUUAAUGCGGUAUGUCACUCCAGUCUCCAAGUCAGCACAUGCCACUUAAAAAUUUUGGUUUUCUUCCACCAAUUAGCAUUUAUCUUUUUUCAAAAUAAAAACGGGCUUUCAUUUCCCCCCUUUUUUUGUUCAAAAUAAAAAAGAUAAAUGGUAAUAGGUGGAAAAAACCAAAAAUUUUAAGUGGUUUGUGCUCACUUGGUAGUGACGUGGCACGUUGACCGUUAGUCAACGAGUUGACCAUCCAAGAUAAUGGUCAUAUCUCGAGUUUGGCCAAUUUCUUAACUUUGAUGUAUAGUUGAAGUAACAAUGUUAUAGAUCGAAAAGAUUAACAAAAAAUGUUUAAUUUGUGAAAAGCUUGGCACAUACAAAUAUAUUAAUCAUUAAUUAAAUGAUAAAAAUUAACCUUCAAAAGCAUUGCAUCCUUAGAUCACCUAAUUCGCCACCACAACCCCGACGUUCCCGCUCUAAAGCGCCAAAGCGUGAUUUUUAUGGAGUUCGAAGAAAAUUCGUGAAUUUCUUUCGGCGAGAGCGCGACUUGAGUUUUUGGGAGUGCGCUUUGGGAUCGCACGCAAAAGACUAUUGGAUUUUAUGACAGCUCAGGCCAUAUCAACCCACCGACUCCACUCCAACCCCGCAUUCGCCAUUCCAUAGGCAGCUCCCAUGCCUGCAAUCAAAAAUUAAAGAUGGCAACUGCUAAUCCAAGAUUAAUCCUCCCAAAUCUAUAAUAAUUAAAUUGAGGAUAAAAAAUCAAAAGGUCAGAAAAUUAUAGGAUAAGAUUAGGCUGGAUGCGACUCUGACGAAGCCAAAAGAAGGAGUUUCUCAUCGGCGCUAAAGGUUAACGCGAUUUCUAAUUCUUUGGCUAGAUCUGAGUGAGUAGGCAAGUGUCGCGGGAGAGAGUUUUUGCACCGAUUGAAUGAUUGAUGUGAGGCUUGUUCUUCUACUUGAUCGAUUCUCUCACUCUUGAAUUAAAGGCCGAGAGCAAGAAAAGAGCUAGAUAGGAGACGAAUCCACCUAAUAUCCACAAUCAACCAACUAGUAUUCAAUAUGGAUACUCUUAUGUGUUAUCUGGAUACUUUUAUGUGUUAUGUGGAUACUAAUUAUGUUUGUAUGGAUACUAUUCUGUGUUGUCUAGAUAUUAGUUUGUGAAUUUAGGAUAAUAGUUGAUUCGUGAUAUCAAUUAGCAAACCUUGAAUACUAGUCUGUGAUCUCUAAAUAAUUUAGUACUUGGAUACUAGUUCAUGUAUUUUGAAUAUCGGUUAGUAUCUACUAACUCUUCAAGUUACCUAUCCUCCACCGUAUCAAUUUAUUCACCCUCCAUUACCAACCUAAUAAACAUGAAUCCCGGGCUAGGGAGGAGGACGAACAAAAAUCUGUACGAGUAAUGGCUUCUCUCAACCCGUGCUUGGAGCUCCGACCACUGGGCAAUACUGGACUGAAGCUCAGCUGUGUCGGGUUCGGAGCUUCUCCUCUUGGCAAUACCUUCGGCCCAGUUUCGGAGCAGGACGCCCUCGCCACCGUCCGCGAGGCCUUCCGCCUCGGCAUUAAUUUCUUCGACACCUCUCCGUAUUAUGGAGCUACAUUGUCAGAGAAGGUGCUUGGUAAGGCACUUAAAGCUCUAGGGGUUCCAAGAAAUGAGUAUAUUGUGUCGACCAAAUGUGGAAGGUACAGCGAGGGCUUUGAUUUUAGUGCCGAGAGGGUGACAAGGAGCAUCGACGAGAGCUUGGCGAGGUUGCAGCUGGAUUAUGUUGACAUACUGCAUUGUCAUGACAUUGAAUUCGGGUCUCUUGAUCAGGUUGUAAAAGAGACAAUCCCUGCUCUUCAAAAACUAAAGGAAGCUGGGAAGAUCAGGUUCAUUGGGAUAACUGGACUUCCACUAGAAAUCUUCACGUAUGUGCUUGAUCGAGUGCCACAAGGCUCAGUUGACGUAAUCCUGUCUUAUUGUCACUACUCUAUUAAUGAUUCAGCCCUACUAGAUCUACUUCCUUAUCUGAAGAGCAAAGGUGUAGGCAUAAUCAGUGCUUCUCCACUUGCAAUGGGACUGCUGACAGAAAAUGGCCCACCAGAAUGGCAUCCUGCUUCUCCUGAACUGAAGGCUGCCUGUAAAGCUGCUGCCUCGCACUGUAAGCAGAAAGGGAAGAAUCUUCCAAAGCUAGCAAUGCAGUACAGCUUCACAAACAAGGAUAUCUCGACAAUAUUGGUCGGGAUGAACUCAGUACGACAGGUCCAGGAAAAUGUAGCUGCCGCUACAGAGUUCGCUACAUUUGGACAGGAUGGAGAAAUGCUCGCGGAAGUAGAAGCAAUUCUUUUCCCCGUGAAGAACCAGACGUGGCCUAGUGGAAUCCAACAGUAAAUUCCUGAUUUGUGGUUCAUGGCCGUCUUUCCAGCAGAAGUCAAGCGUUAAGAAUAAAUUUGCCGCCGCAUGGCACUCGAACUUGUAACUAAAACCUACUUGUGAACUUUGGACCGUAACUAAUGGGAUCGUGAUGGCGCAAAAUUGUAAUGCAUGAUGCUAUUAAGUAAUAAGUUGUGACAUGGAGCUGAUUUGUGCUGAUUUUGCUAAAUUAUCCCAUCUCUAUUUCUAAAAACUCGAAUCCAUUCCUGCUCCAUAUUCAUGCAGGACUUUGCCACUCAAUUCCAUACUCAACAUUUUUGGAUACUUGUGGAUAAUACCCCUAAUAAAAAUACAAUAUUAUUAUAUUGUAUUAAAUUAAUAAAAAUACCUUCAUGUAGGACUUCACUACUAUCAUAAAGUUUUUAUCUUGGAUACUUGUGGAUAAUACCCCUCCGUAUAUCCAAUAUUAUUAUACCUAAAAUUAAUAAAAAUACAAUAUUAUUAUACCUAAAAUAAAUAAAAAUACCUUCAUGUAGGACUUCACUACUAUCAUAAAGUUUUUAUCUCUGGACGGAUGACAAUGAGAAGAAGGAAUUGAAAGUGGGUAUGGCGUUCGGCGGCAACGUGCGGAGGAACUUCGUCAAUCGAUUGACUUCAUGCACGAGAACAAAUCUAAAAAAAUAAGCAUGAUUCGGAACUUAACUAGACUUGCCUUUUACCUGACAUCUGGUUGAGCACAAGAUUUUUGCUCAAUCGUUACAUUACCGUAAUCUCCUUCGUUUGAGGAGAGCAACUGGAAUGUGCGAUGAAGGAUUGGGUGGAAGAGCUCGAGGGAAGGAGAGAGAUAUGAGUAUGACAAUGGUCUAUUUUGGGAGGUUAACAAGCCUUAAUAGUUUAGAAUGCGGUUCAUUGUUAUCUAUUUGUGGCUUGAUAAUUCGAGGGGUAAAACUGGGUCAAACCCAACCCUAACCUUAGAACUACUCUAAGAUACCUAGCCCUAUAGGGCAAGUUAUGAACCCAACCCUAUUUUCUCACGACCAUGUUUGACCCACAUGAGUUGGGCUAGAUCAGGUUGGGUCAAGUCUGAGGGUCGGCCCAAAUCAACAACACAUAUUUAGAAAAUUACAUUUUAGUGUAAUGUAUUUUUUCUUACAAUUUUAGUACCUAAUUUUCUAUUACAAAUAGGUCAAGAAACUUUUAUGGUAAAAUUACAUUUUAGCAUCCUUGCAUUUUUUUAUAUAACAUUGUAGUACCCAAAUAUGUCAAAUCUUGAGAAAUUUCAAAUUACUAAUUGUUGCUAUGGGUCAUAGGCUCAUAUAGGGGUGGUCGCCAAUCUCAUCUUCCUCUCUGAGACCAACUUCUCAUGAAGCUCCUAAGUCUCCAAGUAGUUCACCGUUCCCAUCUUCCGCCCACAACUCAUUGCGACAUUUCGUCGAACAAUGACCGGGCAAGUGUCUUCUCCGGGAGCGGGAAUCGAAAUUGAGGCAAACUAAUAACAAAUCAGAAAGUUCGACUGAUUUUUCAUAUUCCCGGAAUUAGCAGCAUCGACAGGGCGGACUGAGCAGAGGAGCAGCCGCCACGAGGACUUUCAGGCAAACGGCGACGACUGACGAGGACUUUCAGGGUGAACGGCGCCGACAGGUGAGGACUUGUUCGCCGGCGAUGCGAAUCCUAGGGCGACGGCUGACAUUUAGGGCGAGUUCUCUAUUUUUACUUUUUAGGAAUGGUUUUUUUUUUUUUUGGAAUUUGGUUUAGAGAUUGAGAAUAUUUUAGGGGUAAAAAUGUCAACUUAUCUAAGUUAUGGCGAUAAAUUUAAAAACUUAGG